GUUUGUUUGGGUUUGGUGAGACUCCUCCACUUCCUCUCCCACUCCCCUCUGGGCUCCGUGGCUCUGCUGGACUUCCAGCCCCGUCAGUUCGUCAUGGUGUCUGGGGAGCUGAAACUCACAGACCUGGACGAUGCCAGCGUGACGGAGCCCGCCUGUCAGACGGACCAGGACUGUGUCUUACAGUUCCCCCUCCGCAACUUCAGCCAGCCCUGCUCGGCGCAGGGAGUGUGCGAGGGCCUCAACGAGAUGAGGAAUCUUUACAAUGCCUACAGGUAAUACAGCUAGCUGCUCUGUUAAGCUAAUUUGUUCUUAACUGACUUGCCUAGUUAAAUAAAGGUUAAAUAAAUAAAAAAAUAUAUGCAGCUCAAUGGAGAAAUUUCAUUGAAAGUGAAUUUAAGUACAGGAAUAGGCUUAAUAUAAGUCUAGGAAACCAGCCCCUUGGUAAAAAAACGAAACAUUGGUAAAAAAAAAAACAAGAAACCAUUGGUAAGGUAGUCGUGAUGUUGCAUCAUAUCCCCAGUCUUUGUUGGUUUAGCUAGAUCAUACCUCGCUUUGUUCCAUUUUGAAGGCUACAUGUAUUCACUCAUGAUCCUGACAGGUUUACUGCACGCUUGUUUUAACACUGUGAGGAGGAGUCAACAUUGCUUCUUUUCCCCCGCCUCAGGUAUUUCUUCACCUACCUGUUGCCUCACCAAGCCCCACCUGCUCUGAGACAUCUGGUGGAUCACAUCAUGAACUCAACGGGUGAGGACUGGAGUAGACUGAUCGUUAGUGAUGUAGACUGAUCGUUAGUGAUGUAGACUGAUAGUUAGUGAUGUAGACUGAUCGUUAGUGAUGUAGACUGAUCGUUAGUGAUGUAGACUGAUCGUUAGUGAUGUAGACUGAUCGUUAGUGAUGGAGGGGGGGAAAUCGAUACAGUUACAUAUUGGGAUAUUAUUUUUGAUGAUAUAUCGUAUUGUUUUGACAAUAUCGCAGUAUUAUUUUUGUGCUGGUUGGCUGUGCACCAAAACUCUAGUAGUUUCCUUUUAUAGCUCGUUCUCCGUCUUCUUUUUAAAUAGGGAGCCAAUUUGUUUUCAAAACUUUUAUUUCCAUGACUGAUCAAAAAUAGUUUUCUCAUGGCUCUCUCUUGUCCAUCUUCAGCAGACAUAUGGUGAGCAAAAUGUUUGGAACAUCGAAUCACAAUAAAAUCACAGUAUAUAAUCGCAAUACAUAUAGAAUCAUGAGAAUCGCAAUACAUAUCGUAUCGGCACCUAAGUAUCGUAAUAAUAUCGUAUUGUGAGGUCCCUGGCAAUUCCCAGCCCUACUGGACAUGACCCGCCAUUGCUAUUAAUCCUCUGAAAGACAUAAUUGGCCUUUUCAUAUGUUAGAGCCCAGAGUUUUUCCCUACAACUGUAGGCCCUGCACUUCCAUGUGAAAAAUAUAUUUUUUUUCCCUGCAUAUCAAUAUAACUAGGGCUAGGGCUGUUACGGUGACCGUAUUACCGCAACACCGGCGGUCACGAGUCUUGACCACAGUCAAAUUCCACAUGACCAUUUAGCCUUCUCCAAGUUCUGAUGCUGCUGAUGGUCAUUAGUAGCCUACCAAACUUGCUAACUGCCUGGUACUCAGCACUCUGUUGUCCCGCUAAUCACUCUGACAUUAAUGGAAAUGUAUAUAGGCUAUGCAAUUGCGUGAGAAAACAGAGUUUUGAUGGCCUCUAUUAAAAAGAGGAGGAUCCCAUUAGCUUUCUAUAGGCUAGGCCUACCAUAUUUAUUUCUCAACAUUCCUAAUAUUAAGCACAUUGCUUCUCUUUACAACAGGAGUAUAGCCUACCUGGCGGGCAUGAAAUUGAACCACGGGAAAAGCGUCCUCCAUUCGCUAUUUAAGUGCAUAGAUGACAUGUAUAACUUUUUUCUGCCCCUGUUCUGAGACAGGUGUAUGAUAAGGGUCCAUUCUAAAUGAAAACUAAUUUCACACAUUAUAUUACUUAGUAUAUGUAAAGACAAUAUUAAAAUCAAGAAUAGUCUGAUGGGUGACAAUAUUAGGCUAUCACUUGUGAAUUACAGUAUGUAUUGUCACUUGUGAAUGAUGCCCAGCAUGUGCAGUAAGGCAAGAAACAGCGCACACCUUUUUUUUGCAACUUUUUUAAAUCAUAGUCGCACACCUCAUGUAGCCUAGCCCAUAGGCCUAUAUGGUUUGUAUCACAACUAAAGUGGCCAAAUAACGUCUUAAAAUUAAGCACAUUAAUACGCUUUACAACUGGAAUACAUAGGCGGCGCGUGAGUUUCAAGUUUGGGGAAGAUAAUUUUCACCAUAAAAAAUGCACCUUUUAUAAUAAAGCAUUACAUGCAUAAUCGCAUUUGCGGUCACUUUUGAGAACAGUGUUAUUCCGCUAAUUGAUGACAUUUUGGAACAUUCUCACUUAUAGCCUACUGCCGUGUGCGCAUUGCUGCGCUUAUAAUGUGAAGAAAUAGCCUAAUAGUUUAUCAACAUUUUAAGCUAAACGUUCUGAUCUGUUGAAUCAGCCUCAUUGCUUUUUAAACGUUUUUUUAAUGCGAGUGGUUGUAUUAAUUUGGGAUCUAUUUCAUCCCACAACUGUCCCAGAGUAUGUUUGGAAUAUUUAUUUAGAAUAAGUCAACUUUUGUACUAUGGGGGUUAGUAGAUUGACAUAGGCUAGUGCUUUUGCUGUUCGUUAGGCCUACUCAUCUUGUUGGCUGACGAAAUGUAAAUGUCGACAGUUUUUCUAACAUAUUCAAUAUGCGCCUCGGAAUUUGAUAAGAGGGACGCGCGCAGUUGAGUCCCCAAUGUCUUCACUAGUAGCCUACUUCAGAGCUGAGAUGCCUGUGAGAAGGACCCAAUCACGUGACGGGCAUUGGCUAAUAAUAAUUGAGAUAUCUGAGAGAGCCAUGUGAGUGAGCGGUGCUUCAGAGCACGGCGAUUGGCAGCCAGGAGAAGGGAAAUAUAAUUAUUAUAUUCAGCCCAAGGGCACAACGGCCACUUUGGCCGCAAAAGGCAUGGAUUUUUUAGGGGGCAUUACGGCAAGGGGGAUGCCGCCGGGAAUUCGAGGCCUGGUGAGAAUAUUCUUAAGUGCUUGCCAAAUUGUGAAUGAGAGACUGAUGAAGUGUGUGCAGCCUGCACAAGAAACAAAGCAGAGCUCAUGCCUUUCAUGCAACCUUUUUUCAAAUCAUCAUUAGUCGCAUCAUGCAGCCUUAGAAUGUAAUAAAAAUCAAAACAUAUAGCUCAACAUUUGUAUCACAACUAAAGUUGCAUAAAUAACUCUAAAUGAAGCACAUAGAAGGACCUGUUUCUUUGUUAACCGCUCAACACAGAAUAGCCGCAUGUGUGCACCCUCGGAAAUCGUUUGGAGAAAAGAUCCUUUGUUUUUUAUUCAGCUAUGUUCAAUUUGUAUUCUUCAUAAUAUGAAAUAAUUUACAUUUACAUUUAUGUCAUUUAGCAGACGCUCUUAUCCAGAGCGACUUAAAUAAUGCCAUGGAAUUCUAACCAAAUCUUGUCUGCUAAAUGAACUAGUGUAGUCCACAGCCAUAUGGCAUAGCCAGAUCAGGACCUAACAUAAGGACAACUCAUAGAAUGCUAUUAUGUUCUUCUGAAAUAGACUACAUUUUCUUCAUAUAAUGUUUAUUUAGGCCUGUCUAAAAUAAAUAAUGGAUUUAAUGUGUUGGUGUAGGCUAUAUUACAUGGAUUUAUUAUACUUUUUUUAAAUGUAGAUGUUCCAAAGGUCUGCAUCAGUGGCUUGUAGGCUAUUCGUGGAAGCCAGGAGAUGCUAAACGUUUUUGUUAAUAACGGUCAAUUACCGUCAGACUGUCAGUUAUUUUCUUGACAAUCACCAGCUGACAAAAUGUCAUGACCGCCACAGCCCAAACUAGGGCUAGGUGUUUGGACCGACCACAUGGGCCUGCCUGACCAGGGAAAAACACUUUUUUUGUUCACAUUUGUGUGGGGAAAUAUUAUUGUUCACAUAUAUAACCAAGCAUAUGACUAAUUCCAGUGGUGUUUCCACUCACUGCCUUUUUCUGUGCUGACCUGUGUUUCUCCAGGAGAGAUGAAAGGGGGUGUGAAUGACACGUUAGAAGCCUUUGAAGACAUGCUCCAUCUGUACAAGUCCGGACAUGCACCUGGACAACGUGCCUCCAUCAUUAAUCAGAGGUAAUGUGCUAUGAAAAAACCCCCGUCUUACUACAGCCUCUGGUCUAAAUGGCUUUUUUACAGUGCUCUGGACCCCUCCCCUCCAAACUCUCCAGCCCUUCACUCUAUGAAAUAUUAAUAACUAAAAAUGACCCGGCUCAGAUCCUGCAGUGAUAUUUUCCAUGCUCCAGCGCUGGGUUAUGCAGCUGCAUUGUGAAUAGUGAUCAUCGUAAAACCUGGAAAGUAGACUUGAGUGGACUGAGCCUGGAAAUAUGAAGUCAUGUUUUAGACAAACAGUGUUUGUGAUGUAUUAACACUAUAAGCUGCUAGGUUCUGGCAAAUUAGUUCUAAAAUGUAACUGUAGCUCCAGUAUGUGUCUUCAGUUACAGGCUAAACGCAUUCCUGGGCCUAUAGAUCUUAUGAAUGGUCUCUGUAUGUUGAUUUAGCAUCGGGUUCUAUUUUGGAACGCCAUAGACAGAGGAAAUCCAGAAGAGACUCACUGUCCCAAGGCUUAAAGUAAAACAGAUAAACCUAAUGUUCUCCCCCUUUUUCCAGAUUAUUUUUUCUACUGAUUGUUCUUUAUAAAGGAACAGUGUGUUUCUGGAGCUCUAACCUGUCACCAUUUUGUUUCCAGUGACAGGCUUAAUUUUUCACUUUUAAAGUGAGCCUCUGUUUGCCUGACAAAUGCCCCAACUGAAGCACUUGUCCCCCCCCAUUAGUGUGCCCCCCAACAUUUCCAACCCCAGCCUUGUAGGUUUAGGUGAAAGAAUACCAAUGGCAUAACAUGACACCCCUGCCACCUUCCUCUCACUGUGAAUGAGUUGACUUCUGUUCUGAUGUUGGGUUGGAGGGGGGAGGCAGGCGCUCCUAAUUCACAUCCCAUGCUAAUGUUUAGCAGAUAAGUUUGUCCCAGGCCCCACAACGUCUCAGAAAGACCCUGGUGUUUCUUCUCCCUCCCAUUAGAUUAUGCAGUCACGAGAGGCAAGAGCACCUCUGGAAAUAUGCAAUCCAGAUGCUGGCCCUCGUACAACCACCAAGGCUGUCGGUGCAGUCGGUGCACAGCGCCAAGGAGGUGGCCUUCAUCUGUAACUCCCAUCCUCACUAGCUUCAUCCUGAACAACCAGAGGAAGUGGACAGGUUAGUGUCACUGAUUGUCAGCCUUGAGACAUUGACUGAAACGUGGUUGUCAUCAGGGGUGGAAUUGGAAAAUGACGCUCUGGGAAGUCAACAAUGUAACAUGCUUAAAUUCACCUUUUUAAAAACACACAUUUUUACAAUCAAAACGAUUUCAAUUUGGGAACUCCUUGUUGUCACUAAAAAGCGUAAAUCAUUCUCGUUGAAUCCCCUUAACGCUGAGUACUUUAAACCUGAUAUCAAGCUCCAGUUAAGAUUUACUUUAAUUCUGAGUCACUGAAGAACUUUACAUUUGUCUUAUUUCUUUCCCUUUGCUUGUCAGCAGGCCGGCUCCUCGCCUCGUUCCGAAGCGGUUUCAGCCAUCUGGUUUCAGAUGUGAACUCGGAGGUGUAUUUGAAAAAGAUGAAAGACUCAACAGGAACUACGGUAUAA